UUGUAUAUGGGUGGAGCCUGUUUUACAAAGCUUGCCACAAAAAGACAACCAGAACUUGUUGAAUUCAUUUUCGUAAGCGAAAGCGAUAUCUGUAGUCAUGGCCUCGUCUCUCCGAUAUAAGGACAAAGUUGUCAUUAUCACUGGUGGUGCUCGUGGAAUUGGGAAAGGAUGUGUUGAAACAUUCGUAAAAAAUGGUUCAAAAGUUGCCUUUUGUGACAUCCAUGAUGAUGAAGCUAAGCCUAUAGAAGAAAAAAUGAACCAAAUGGGACCUGGAGAAGCAUAUUAUAUCAACUGUAAUUUACGUGAUGAAGCACAAAUCAAAAACAUGAUUGAUAAGGUGGUUGAGAAGUACGGCACCAUAGACUGUUUAAUCAACAAUGCUGGCUACCAUCCAGGAUAUGCUGUCAUUGAAGAUGUUACAGUUGAAUGCUUUAAUGAACUUCUUCAAGUAAAUUUAAUUGCUGUGUUCCUCACAUGCAAGUAUGCCCUUCCCUACAUACGCCUUGCCAAAGGUAAUAUUAUUAAUAUUGCUAGUGUGGUGACUUACCUUGGCCAGAAAGACUCCAUCCCUUAUACAGCAUCAAAAGGUGCUGUUGCAAGCAUGUCAAAGACGUUGGCUAUCAGUGAAGCUAAACAUGGUGUUCGAGUGAAUACAAUUUCUCCUGGAGCUAUAUGGACACCUUUGUGGGCAGAAUUAAAGAGAAAUGCAGAGAAUCCAGAAAAAAUUUACAAUGAAGGAGUAUCUUCCCAGGUUAUGGGUCGUAUGGGAACACCUUCAGAGAUUAGUACAGCAUGUCUUUACCUAGCAGCUGAUGGCACAUAUUGUACUGGUAUGGAUAUGAAUGUUUCUGGAGGAGUAGAUAUUUCUGUUGGCAGCAAGAGUGAAGUUACUCCAUCUUAAGGAACGCAAAAUAAUGGAGAAAAAAUAGAAAGGAAAAAGAAAAAAUAUAUUAUGCUGUUAAAUAAUUGAUAUUUUCCAAAUUUGGGAUUUAUAUUUUUCAACAAUAGCAUAAAUACUUUUGUAUGUGCAUUUUUGAAAAUACAUCAUAGUGUUUUAAUGUCAAUAAAGACUUUAUUGCUUUUCUGUC